CCGAACUGCACUCACAGUAGUAGUUCAGAUUAUCUUGACUCGCGGACCCGUUGACACGUGCUUGUCGUCGUAGUGACUUGGUGUUUUUACUCGGAAAAUUCCCUCCAGACCAAUCGGGUCGGUGAUCUCUUACAGUGGGGCUUUUGAGGUGACGAUAAAUACGACGAAUACGUACCAAAUUCAUCUACGUGUGAAGUGGAAAUAGAAAAAAUAAACCCCUAAUCGAUCAUAAUGCCGGAGUUUGUGCUUGAAAAACGCAAUAUUCCAGUGCUGACGAUUGCGUCCAACCGCAGAAAUAGCGGCGCAGGUGGAGAUGGUCAAGGAACCGGUGAAAAUCCGCUCGGUUUCCGCAUUACCGGCGGGGUGGAUUUCGAAAUGCCGAUCACGAUAUUUCAGGUCAAGGAGAACAGCCCGGCGGCCAAGGCAGGUCUGGCACUGGGUGAUCAGAUCGUCACGAUUAACGGGGCGGAUGCAUCGGCUAUGCGACUGGCAACGGCCGAAUCCGUCAUCAAACAGGCUGGCGAGCAGCUGCAGCUGGUAGUGGCCAAAGACGAUGAGGAAUCAGCCAAGACCCCGGAAAAACCGAAAGAGACCCGUGUGGUGAAGUUUGCAGGUAUAGAUGACGACACGAAAGCCGAUGUUACUAACAAUACCCCUGCUCCCAAACUGAAGCCAGAUGAAGAACGUGCGAACUGGAUUCAGCCACCGGAACGUAAGGUGUGGCAUCCGAUUGUGUGGCAGCAACCACCACCGCCGAUUCCACCGGAUGUGUACGGAAAAGAUGCUCCCCAUCAAAGAUUAAUCGCCAACAUCCGCCGGCUGUUGGUGGAAACAGUCAACAAACCGGAGGAACGCAAGAAACACAUAGAGAACAUGAUGCUUUCGCUACCGACAGGUUCGAAGAAGGGAGAGGAGGAAGAGGCACCGCCGGUACCAGCUCCGAAACCGAAACGAAAGAAGGGCAAGAAAGCCCGGAAGCCGGUUGUUCGAAAGCAUACCGAGAGCACCACUUCCGAGGAGGAUACGAUGUCGCAUGAUUUGUCGGAGUCAAUACCGGUUUAGGCAGCGACUUUCCUUAUUAUUUGCGAAAGUGUUCUCUGCUUACUAUAUGCGGAAACCGUCGAUAGUUUGUACAUUAAAUUGUUAUUUAUACAUGUUAUAUUAACACUUACAACAUUUGAAAACAAGACAUAUUUUACACGAGCGUACACAAUAAAAAAAACUUUCACAACUAGGUAUAGGAAAACGAAAACGUGCGGACACGAUUUUUUUCUGUUGGGCGGACAACGAUUCUGGUGGAUACUUCAGCGGACACAUGUCGCUUUCAAUGAGUUUUCGUAAAAAAGCAUAAAUUUAAUCAGAUGUUGUUUGUGAAUCUUUGUUUGAAAGCAUGGUGGCUAACAGGAAUUCUUUAGGAAAUGUUGAUAAUUUUCCUUACUGAAUAAAACGUGUUUGUUUUUA